AUGGCUCAAUACUAUUUACUUCGGGAGCUUGACGAUUUGUCCCUAGAGGAUUUGCACAAGUCUGUAAAGCCUACAAAAAAAGAGAAGACAAGCAAGGAUGAUAAACCAAGAAACAAAGAUCAGCCAAGUAAUGAUGUAAUACCACAAAAACUGGUGGUGUUGAACAAGUCUCACCAAAUAAAACAACGCAAAGUCUAUGAACGAACAAAGAAGGAGGAGACUCGUUUUAUCAAACCUAAACGUAAUAUUGACCAUUAUAAUGUUGCACCAACCUCACAUUUUGAACAGUUGCCGACCGAUUGUUUUCUUCAUAUUUUUGAAUUUAUGGAAUUGACAGAAAUUAAAAGGCUAGCCUACAGAAUGAGUCCUUGUAUUACUUUACAAUUACUAGAGACGGAAUCAAAUCAGGGUUUUUAUAGAUUAUUGUGCCAAGAACAGAUGAGAAUGGAUUUGAAUUGUGCUAUUGAUUCCAUAAAUGAAAGAGGGAAAGUGAGAGGAAACUCAAGGAUACGAAGAUACAAUAGGCGUGUUGAAGAUUCAUCCAAUCGAACAAUAUUGGGUCCGAUUAAGGAUUUGAGAGAGAAUUUAAGAGUUUGUGUUCUGAAAGCAAAGAGUUUGUUUCCGUAUUGGUUUAAUGAGAAUUCUGCAUUGAAUAAGUCAGUUUAUGAAGCUGUUAAACAUUCUUACUCAAUUAAUGAAACUCCUGUUUAUCAUAAUUUAUCAGAACAUCAUCAGUCCAUUUCUGAUCAAUAUAAAGAGAAGGAAGAGAAGGAAGCAGUAGAGAAAACAAAUUCAUUCCUGGAAAAACUUGAGAAACAAGUGGAAAAACAAUCGAAAAGACCAUCUAAAUGGAAGCAAAUAUGGAAUGGAUGUUUUCUUCAAAAUUUAGUGAACAGUACUAUAAAUGCAACAGUAGAAUUUGAGAAACGAGCUCAGAAAGAUUCACCACUAAUUAGUGAAUUAGCCAGUUACCUUAAAACAAUGAGUGGCUUAUUAACUUUGGAAAAUACGCAACUAAGAAGAAAGAUAAUGUUUGAAACUUUAACUAGAAGACGAGUACUCACACGUUUCAUUGAAAAUAAUUCGCCAAUUCACAUGAUAUUAAGAUCUGGACAUACUCCUUUGAGUGUCAAUAUCAUCACCAAGCAUUGGAAAAUUAUUAAGCGCACUUCCAGAGAUUUCAGAUUCUAUUUAUUUGUAAAAUGCAUUUGGCAGCUGGUUGACUUUAAAGUUAUACACGCCCUCUUUAAGUUUGGUAUUGUUGAUUCCUCUAUUUUGACACAUAACUUUACUAAUAGAGGAUCUAGAUCAGUAGAUAUUUAUUUCAUGACAACCAUCGAUAAAUGGAAUAUGAAUGAUAAUCACAUUACAUACUUUGGAAACAUCUUCAACUUGAUGGUUACCACUUUGGAUGAAAGAGGGACAGAACAUUACAAAAAGCGUGAAAUUAGAAGCCAUAGUAGUUUAUUUUCAUCAUCUAAUCCAAGUGUUAUGCUAUUCUUACAUAGGAUAUCACAAUACCGUCCAAGCACUAAAGGAAACGUUGCCGACUUUUUUGCAGAGGCAAUUCAAAAGUUGAAGGACAAAGUGAUAACCUCAUCUUUGGCAGAUGAUAGACCAACUUUUGAAUAUGUGAAUUUUGGAAAAAACAAAUUUGCCACGCUGUAA